UCACUCUAGUGAUUUGGAUUUUCGGAGAGACUUCAAAAUCAAAAUAUCUCUCUCUCUAUCGCUAAUGCCGGCGUAGAUCUCAAUCUGCAAUUUCCCAUUUCCGGUCGAGAUUCCCCUAAUUGAGCUGCGAACACCGAAACUGGUUUCACUCGCUCACCAGAUCGAAUCCAAAAACAUGGGGAAUUCGUCGCCAUCGUAUAAAUUUCGAGGGACAUCAUUCCUCGUCGCAUUUCUCCUAUUCAUAUCCCUCUCCGUUCCUCUAAUUUCCGCUCAGGAGAAUGGAAGUGACGAGUCGAGUACUUCAAUUAAGGAUCUGGGCCGGCGUGGUAAAAUAAUUGACAGAAUAAAGACCGGUAUCAACGAAAAAAAUGAUCUUGAUUCUUAUGGUGUGGAUGUGGACUCUGGUCUUGGAAUUUUUGAUGCUUUCUUUGCUAGUUUAUCAAUGAUACUUGUCAGUGAGAUUGGAGAUGAAACAUUCAUCAUUGCAGCUCUCAUGGCUAUGCGGCACCCAAAGUCAAUUGUUCUAUCAGGUGCACUCAGUGCCUUGUUUGUGAUGACGAUACUUUCAACUGGUCUUGGUAGAAUUGUUCCUAAUCUGAUAUCAAGGAAGCAUACCAAUAGUGCAGCUACAGUUCUUUAUACCUUUUUUGGUCUCCGACUACUUUACAUUGCGUGGAAAUCUGACCCGAAAGGUUCCCAGAAGAAAGAAAUUGAGGAAGUAGAGGAGAAACUUGAAGCUGGACAGGGGAAGACAACUUGGCGACGUUUCUUUUCUAGAUUUUGUACACCAAUCUAUCUAGAGUCAUUUAUAUUGACAUUCUUGGCAGAGUGGGGCGAUCGCAGCCAGAUAGCAACAAUCGCUCUAGCCACACAUAAGAAUGCUGUGGGAGUUGCUGCCGGAGCUACCAUAGGGCACACCAUCUGCACGUCUGUCGCAGUGAUUGGUGGAAGUAUGCUGGCAUCUAAGAUUUCACAGCGAACCGUUGCUACAGUUGGGGGAUUGCUCUUCCUGGGCUUUUCGUUGUCCUCUUACUUCUACCCUCCUCUAUAAUGAUCCCAGGUUUUGUAGAGUAACUUGAUACCGCCUGCAUAGUCAUCAUUAUUCCACCAACUUUGUAUGCCUUCUUUUUUUUGUAUAGAUUGGAAUUAUAUGUUUCCAAUCUUUGACACCAAUUUCAAAUUCAUUAUUAAUACAAUAGGUUACAAGUUGUCCA